AUGCUUCUCAUUGGCGCUGGAGUCGGUGUUGCCCCUUUCCGUGGAUUCGUCCAGCGACGUUUGAAGUCUGCGAACUGUGCCAACAAGGUGUGGGUUCUUCAAGGGAUCCGUGACUCAUUGCUCGAUGAACUCUACUCCGGUGAAUGGGGUGUGCAUGAAGAAACAGUGAAGAAGGUCGUCCAGAGCCGGAGCGGUGAGGGCAGAUAUGUGCAGGAAGAGGUGCGCAACCAAGCUGAUCUUGUAUGGUUCGUCAUCAAUUCGCUUGAUGGACGCGUUUUCGUCUGCGGGAGCAGUAAGGGUAUGGGCGAAGGCGUUGAGGCUGCGUUGGUAGAUGUUGCUAUGGCCAAGGGAAAUCUCAAUCGCGAAGAAGCGCAGCAUUUCUGGCAAGGCAAGAAGGAUGCGGGCCAAUAUAUCGCGGAAACGUGGUAA